UUAGAUUAUAUAAACGUAAAAAAUAAACGCAAAAAUGCAAGAAGAAGAUAAUCAUAGACUUGAAUCCCGCAAUAUAAAAAAUAAUCCGGAAAAAUUGCAAAGAACACCCCGAGUUAGUGAAUUUGACAAAAAAGAUAUAAUGUCACAAGAAGUUAAACAUAAAAUUCACUAUACUCCUCAGAAUAGUCCGAAUAAAUAUUCAAAAACUCCUCAAAGUAAUGAAUCAUUUAAAAAAGAUGCGAAAUCACAAUCAGAAAGUAACAAACGAAAAAUUCAAUCAUUUCAUAAUGAAAAUCUGGAAAAAAUUCAGAAAAUUUGUCCAAGUGGAAAAUUUGUUAAUACUUUAAUAGGACAAUGGUCUAAACAUAUGGGUAUCCAAACACCAUUGUCCGAAACAGGAACAGCACGAGAAAAUUUAAUCAUGGAAGAAAUGAAACAGGUGCAUGUAAUUGAAGAACGAAAAAUUCAAAAGUUGCAAAAAAAGCUUCAGAUCGCUGAAGAAACCAUAUCUUCACUUUCUACUUCUCAUGAGAUGGAAUUACGAGCUAAAGAGGAGAUUUUACAACAACUAAAUAGCGAUUGGGAAUCAAUUACUAAGUAUUAUUAUGAAAUAUCAGAGAGUUUAAAAGGGUUUCAACAACAUAAAGAUAAUCUAUCGAAAUUAUAUAAUGAAAUCAUUGUUAUUCAACAAUCUACAAUGAAGAAACUACAACAAGAAUUAUGUAUUAUGAAAUUGAAAGAUGAUGAGCAAAAAAAUAUUAUUAGUACAAUGGAAAACAAAAUAAUAAAUCAAGAGAGAAGAAUACACGAAAUGACGAGUAUUGAAAACGAAUUGAAAAAACAAUUCGAAGAAUUGAAAAAUAAUUCAGUUUUAGAGAAAAAUCAUUUGCAUAAUGUUUAUACAGAAGAAAAAUUAGAAUUAAUAAAGAAGCAAGAAAAUCUCACGUCGAUGAAUCAAGAACUACAAGUGCAAUUACAGAAGAUUACAGAAGAGAAACAAAACUUAACUAUCUUAUUUGCUGAAAAAGAUGAUGAAAUAAUAAAAUUGCAAGGGGAGAUUGUUACAUGCAAAAAUAAAAUCGAGAAUUUGUUAUGCCAUAAUACUGAAUUAAGUGCAAAAUAUGAAAAAUCCAUAAAUAAAGAAGAAAAACUAUCAAAAGAAAUACAAACGAAAGCACAGGAAAUCGAUAAAUUACGAGAAAAUUUAAAUACUAGACAAGAAAUAGAAUCUAGUUUAGCUAAAGAUUUUGAUAUGAUUGAUAACAAAUAUAAAAAUAUGCAAAAUGAUUUUUUAAAUAUAGAAAAUAAAUUAAAGGAAACGCAAGUUCGUAAUAUAAAUCUUGAACAAUCUUUACAAAAGGUGAAUUUUGAUAAUGAACACAAAAUAAUGGAAUUAUGUGGAAAAAUUGAAUUUUUAGAAAAAGAAAAAGCACAAAUACUUUUAGAAAAACAUUUAAAAAUACAGGAACUUGAGAAUACUCAUAAAUUAUCGAAAGAAAAACACGAAACAGAGAUAAAAUCCUUAAAACAAGAAUUCGAUGUUAAACUAAUAGAAAUGAAAAAAACUUUAGCUAUACAAAAUUCUGAAUUUUUAAAAUUAAAUGAAACUAUAAAUAAAAUAAAUAAUGAAGAAAAUCAAAAUAGACAAAUAAAUUUCCAUGAUCAGUAUACAAAAAUAAAUCAUAAUGAAUUGCAAGAUAACUUAAAAGAAAAAAUACCUUUAAUAGAAUCUAAUCCAAUAGAAAUAAUUAAAAAAAUAGAAAAAACAAAUCAAGUUUGUGAAAUGAAAGAAUUUCAAAAUCAAGAAAAUGUAAAUAAAUCAAAAAUUAUAAUCAAAAAUAAAAACGAAAUAUCGAAUCUUGAGCAAGAUAUAUAUAGCUUUAAUAUCAGAGAAAUUAAUGAUGAGUUACAAAAUAGUAAAGAUGAUUUCUUGCCGAAAAAAAAAAUAUUUAAAACACGCAGUUAUGGAUUACGACAAUAUGGAACUUCAAAGAAACACCAAUUCGGAACUCUUGGAAAAAUUUCUAAAAAAUAAAAUUUCAUAAAAUACAUUACAUAAAAU